GAACCCUUCCACAUUCGUAUCCUGAUAACCACCUUGGGCAGCUUGAUGUCAAUGAGUUGUUUGCUAAACUGCUGUCAACCGGGAUCCUCAAACUGUCAAAAACUGAUUCCACUUCAGCACAAGCGAAUGAAACAUCAGCCCAACCAGCUGCCGAAGAGGAGGAAGAUGACCAGAAUGAAGAUCAAAAUGUCCCAGACCUCACUAACUUCACAGUUGAAGAACUUAGACAACGUUAUGAUAGUGUUAUAAAUCGACUGUACACUGGAAUUCAGUGCUACUCUUGUGGAAUGAGAUUCACUACUUCACAGACAGACGUUUAUGCUGAUCAUUUAGAUUGGCAUUAUCGUCAGAACCGGACAGAAAAAGAUGUUAGCAGAAAAAUUACACACAGAAGAUGGUAUUACAGUUUAACAGACUGGAUUGAAUUUGAAGAAAUAGCUGAUCUAGAGGAGCGUGCAAAAAGCCAGUUUUUCGAAAAAGCUCACGAAGAGGUUGUGUUGAAGACACAAGAAGCUGCGAAAGAGAAGGAGUUUCAGAGUGUCCCUGCUGGACCAGCUGGAGCAGUUGAGAGCUGUGAAAUUUGCCAAGAGCAAUUUGAACAGUAUUGGGAUGAGGAAGAGGAAGAGUGGCACCUGAAGAACGCUAUCAGAGUAGAUGAGAAGAUUUACCAUCCAUCUUGCUACUAAGAUUACCAAAACACAUCAUCAUUUGAUUGCACACCAUCUCCCAGCAAGACUCCUGUAGAAAAUCCGCUAAAUAUAAUGUUGAACAUUGUUAAACAAGAAACACAAGAGUCCUGUGACUCACCUAAAAUCAAAGAAGAACCUGAUGACACCCCUACUGCCUGUGCAGAAGAGAGCACACCUGCAUCUACAGAGAUUAAAACAGAACCCGACGAGUCUGUUUAAAUCAACUGAGGUAUGGAUUUUUUUUUUUUUUACAGAAGAGCUGCUGUGUUAUCUCUGGAAGGCAAAUACUUUUUAUAUGAAAUAAAAAAUGUUCAUCUGAGGCAGGGCCUCAACUCCUGUUUGGUUAAUAAAUACAUUUUUGUAUUUGAAUUUCUUAUUGCCUGCACAGUUUCAGGUGUCAUUGUGUGAAAGUUCUGUAGAUGCGUGAAAAUUUAAUGGAAUGAAACGGUGUAUGUAAAAAUGUACAAUUUUCACUUGUGGAAAUGUAAAUUAUAAAUAAAAGAUAUUUUUGCUAUCUAUGGAGUGUAAUGUUUAUGCACACC